AUGAAAAUGGUUAAUGAAAUAAACCAAAAUUUCGAUAAGGACUCUUUAGAAAAUGAUUAGGCUAAGUUAAGAAAAUUAAUGAAAUUAUCGCAUAGAGCAUUAGAUAAAUUAAAUAUCUUCAACUUAUAGAAAUAUGAAAAAGAUAAUUUUCUAGAGAAGGAUAAGUGA